AUGGGCUCCAAGUUCUGGCCGAAGCGGGGGUCGCCGGGCAUCCUGCAUCAUUUUACCGAGACUCUGGUCGCCUUCGAGUUCACCAAGGGGUCCCGGCCAAAACCACACAGCAUCCUCUUCCUCGGGGGGCUCGGCGACGGGCUGGCCACGACGUCGUACGUGGCGGACGUGGUGGCCGGGCUGGAGCCGACCCCGUGGUCCCUCUUCUCCCUCAACCUGACCUCGUCCUACCAGGCCUGGGGCUUCGGCCACCUCGACCGGGACACGGACGAGAUCGCCCAGUGCAUCCGCCACAUCCGGGACUACAAGACGGCCGAGUACGGCUCCCCCGGCAAGCUGGUCCUCAUGGGCCACUCGACCGGCAGCCAGUGCGUCCUGCACUACCUGUCCCGGCCCAACCCGCACACCAGCGAGCCGCCCUUCGACCGCGGCCUGGAGCACGUCGUGCGCCCCGCCGUCGACGGCGCCAUCAUGCAGGCCCCCGUCUCCGACCGCGAGGCCCUCCAGCUCAUCAUGCGCGACGGCUUCCUCGGCCGCACCCCGGCCGAGCUGCGCGACACCUUCGACCGCCUCGUCGCCACCGCCCGCGAAGCCGUCGCCCGCGACCCCGGCUGCGACUCGAUGCUGCCCAUCUCCCUGACCGCCCAGUUCGGCUACCCGCGCAACACCCCCGUCAGCUGCCGCCGCUUCCUCAGCCUCGCCAGCCCGGACAGCCCGGAGUCCCCGUCCGAGGACGACACCUUCAGCUCCGACCUGCCCGACCGCCACCUCGCCCGCACCUUCGGCAUGAUCCGGUCCCGCGGCCUGCUCCGCCACACCCUCAUGGUCCUCAUGUCGGGCGCCGACCAGGCCGUCCCGGACUGGGUCGACAAGGAGGCCCUGCUGGAACGCUGGCGCCGCGCCACCGACGCCGACGCCGACGCCGACGCCGACGCCGACGGUGCGCCGCCCCCGAUCUGGGACCGCCAACGCAGCGGCCUCAUCCCGGGCGCCUCCCACGCCCUCAGCAACGACGACCAGGCCGAGCCGCGUGCCUUCCUCGUCCGCCGCGUGCUCGACUACCUCGGCGAGCUCGAGCAGAAACCCUAA